CCCUUACUUUAGUAUCGAAUACCACUGCUUUCUUCACCACCUCUAUUAUUUUCAAUCAUCGAGUAUCGAGGAGCCUAGCCAUAAAUAAAUAUAUAAACGUUUUACCACUACAAUUUAAUUGAAGAAAAGUCAACGCCGUUGGGUUGGAUUUGUAAAAGUACGAAGUUUUGAAGCUGCAAAUAGCAUAAUGAGUGCCGUUGCCAGCAGCGUUGAUCAGGCCAUAACAAAUGCUACACUUGGUCGGAGUCAGACCGUCUGUCGCUAUUUUUUGCGUGGGGUCUGCCGGUACGGUGAGCAGUGUCGCUAUUCCCACAACGUGAGCACUGGUCGUCUGGAGGGGGAGCGGACCAUCAGUAGUCCUGACGUCGAUGCAAAGCCUAGCACCAGCCGUCCCAACUGGGUAAAUGCACCGAUAUUUGUGCCUCGCCAGAAGGGUUAUGUUACACAAAAUGAGGAUGACGAGGCCUCUGGCAGUGCGGUAUCAUGGGCCGAGAUUGUCGGAGGUCCGUCCGAGCAUUGUGUAAAACUCAACAUGGGUGAGCCAUUCUCCUUAGAGGAGUUGUGCCCGUACGAGUGUCCCUGUCCCUAUGGCGAGUACUGCCGCUAUCGCAUACAUCUGGAACUGUGCGAGAUGUGUGACCAGUACUGUCUACAUCCCACUGACCAAGCUCAACGGAAGAAACAUAUUCGAGAGUGUUUGCAACAGCAUGAGCAGGCUAUGGAAUUGUCAUUUGCCAUCGCUCGCUCGAAGGAUAAGACUUGUGGCAUAUGCUUUGACAUCAUAAUGGAAAAAGCUGGACGGGAAAAACGGUUUGGAAUUCUGCCCAACUGCAAUCAUAUAUUCUGUUUGGAAUGCAUCCGAAGAUGGCGACAGGCAAAACAGUUCGAGCAUAAGAUCACACGGGCCUGUCCAGAAUGUCGUGUGUCUUCGGACUUUGUUUGUCCCAGUGCGUUUUGGGUGGAAACCAAAGAAGAAAAGGACAAGCUGCUCAAUGACUAUCGCUCAGCUCUAGGUGCCAAGGACUGUAAAUAUUUCAAGAAGGGUGAUGGAAAAUGUCCGUUUGGCAACAAGUGUUUUUACAAGCACGCUCUACCCAAUGGCGAUAUCGUCGACGUUGGCUUGCCGAAACGCGCGCGUAAGGUGCACGGAAGCCAAAACGAACUAAUUGAUUUGGUCGAUAUUUAUCUCUUGGAAUAUUUUGAUCAGCGUGAUUAUCAUUGGCUGGAAUUGCUUUCAAGUGAUGAUAUAAGCGAGAGUUCCGAUUACUCGGACGAAGAGUAAGCUUUUUGCGCUGAGCACAUUAAAGGUCAUUGGAGAAUGUGUAACUCACAAACAAAUGUUAGAUACGCAAGAUCAGCAACACAAGAGAACAACCAUAAAUGAUAUAAAAAGCAAAGAAAAAACACAAAAAAAUCUAAUAAUACUAAACCAAAAAUCAAAUGUGAAAUUUAUACAACUAUUUUAUUUGGGUUCCAAAAUUUCUGUUUAAAUAUUUAUUCCCGACUUAACGCAACGAAAUUUAUCGCUGGUGAAUAUAUAUAGAAAACCCGUUCCCUUUCUCUCUCUCUCUAUCUCUCUAUUGAAUUAAAGAAAACUAAAAAAGAUAUAUAUAAAUAUAAA